GGGUGGGUGGGAAGAUGGCGGCCGCGGCGGCAGGUGGCCUGCCUGGGAAAGGACACGAUAUCAGCCUGGCAGCCCUGCGGCGCCACGACCCCUACAUCAGUCGCAUCGUGGACGUGGCCAGCCAGGUGGCUCUGUACACUUUCGGCCAUCGGGCCAACGAGUGGGAGAAGACUGGAGUGGAAGGAACCUUAUUUGUUUAUACGAGGUCUGCCUCCCCAAAGCACGGAUUCACCAUUAUGAAUAGGCUCAGCAUGGAAAACAGAACAGAACCCAUUACUAAAGACCUGGACUUCCAGCUCCAGAACCCUUUCCUUCUCUACAGAAACGGCACACUGUCCAUUUAUGGAAUUUGGUUUUAUGAUAAGGAAGAGUGCCAGAGAAUUGCAAAACUAAUGAAAAACCUCACUCAGAGCGAACAGUUGAAAGCCUGUCAUGGAGCNGGAUCCUCCCCUGUGACCUUGAGUUCAGGAGAGGGCCAAGAAGUAGAUAUCCUGCAGAUGCUCACCAAGGCCAAGGACGAGUACACCAAGUGUAAGACCUGUUCCGAGCCAAAACNGAUGACCAAUUCCUCUGCCAUCUGUGACAACCCUAAACUUAUCAAACCUGUCCCUGUGAGACCCAGCAGCAGCCAGAGGCUGCAAGGACCCGCGCCCAGCAAGACCUCGGACCCUGAGCCUCAACACUUAUCUUUAACAGCGCUAUUUGGGAAACAAGACAAAGCUCCCUGUCAGGAAACUGUAAAGCCCUCCCGGACCUUUGCCCACCACCACCACCAUCACCACCACCAGCAGCAAGAGACGCUUCCAGUUCAUCACGGGGUCACGUGCUCCCUGUCCUGUGAGGAGCCCAGGAAGCUCUCACUCCCGGUGGAGAAGCAGCUCUGCCCAGCCAUUCAGAAACUCAUGCUUGGGAGCCCAGGGCUGCACCCCCUGUCUCAGCACCAUGAACAGUGGCCCUGCAAAAGUGGCAGCCCCAGUCCUGCAGGGGGAAUUCUCCCUGGUCCUGUCCAGCUGGGGUCCCCCUGGAAUGGCAAGGUUGCACACUGCACACAGAGCACUUGCAGAGGCCACAAGCUAUUAGAGCAGCUUCAAGGUGCCCCUGGGGCAGUGCAUAAGUAUAACCCCUGUGCGCCUACCGGUCCAGCUGUGGCCACUCAGGUGGCUCCGGGCCAAUCACAGCUGGUGUAUUUCAGUGGCCCCCUUCAACCUCCCACCCCAGGACACCAAGCUCUCAGGAAGGAGCAAGGUGCACUGCCUGCACAAGCAGUGUCCCUCUCUGGCAGCCAGGAGAGCAGCCCCACCGUGCUCCCUACGCAGGAGCUGCUAAGGAAGCUCCAGGUAGUACACCAGGAGCAGCAGGCGGCCCCCCGGCCAGCCUUGGCAGCCAGGUUCCCUGUGUCAGCCCAGGGAUCAGGGACAGAAAAGCCCUUGGAAGCCUGGGUCAGCAAGACAGCCAGCAUGGAGAACCAGGCUCCUCUUCUGCAGACCGUCUCAACUCAGUGUGUCCCUGCUGCAGUGGCUUCUCUGCUCACGCCCCCUGUGGUUUUCACACAGUCUACCUGUGCCCCACUGAGGGAGACUGAUAAUGGGCUCAUGGCCCUAGGAGGCCAAGAACUUCCUGCUGCCUCCUCCAGCCUCCUUCUGCCCCUGCAGAACUGGGAGUCCUCCACCGUGGCCAGCAGGCCCCUCACCAGGCUGCAGCUCCAGGAGGCACUGCUGAACCUCAUCCAGAAUGAUGACAGCUUCUUAAGCAUAAUCUAUGAAGCCUAUCUCUUCAGCGUGACACAAGCAGCCAUGAGGAAAGCCACAUAACCAGCUACUUGAGAGCAAAGACUAAGAAUUGAUCUUCCAGGUUCUUCAUGUGAACUGGUGUGACCAAACACACUUAUGCCUUUUUAACAAAGUANAGUGAUGCAGAGUAAAAGCUUUUAUACUGUC